CUGGAAAUGUAGAAACCGUUCUUCAGCUUCUGUAAGGACUUCAGAGAGACAGGCACAGAGAGAAACAAACAGAGAAGAAGAGAUGUUGCAGAGAGCAGCAAGCAAUGCCUACACUUGGUGGUGGGCAAGUCACAUCAGGACCAAACAGUCAAAAUGGCUUGAACAGAACCUUCAAGACAUGGAGGAGAAGUCCAAAUAUAUGCUUAAGCUCAUCGAGGAGGAUGGGGACUCAUUUGCCAGGAGAGCAGAAAUGUACUACAGAAAAAGACCUGAACUUAUUAACUUUGUGGAAGAAUCUUACAGGGCAUACCGAGCCCUCGCUGAUAGGUAUGACCACUUAUCAGGAGAGCUCCAAAAUGCCAACAACACCAUUGCCACUGUUUUUCCAGAGCAAGUUCAGUUUGCAAUGGAAGACGAAGAUGAUGACAGUUCUCCAGGAAGAUCUACUUCCUCUACCAACCAAAAUAAGAUUUCCAAGGUCUUGCCUCAACCCCCAAAACUCAAUAUCCCCAAAAUUCCAAGUUUUCGAAGGAAAGAUGCAAAGGACCCCUCAACAUUACCUACAAAAAAAGUGCAACCCAAGAAAACUACUUCAUUUACUUCUACAAGUACUACUACUACUACCAGUUCGCGGAUGAGCACAGCUGAAGCAGUCCAAGAGAUUGAUAGACUUCAGAAAGGGAUCUUGGCCCUACAGACUCAGAAGGAGUUUGUCAAGAGCUCAUUUGAGGGUGGGGUUGCUAAGUAUUGGGAAAUUGAGAAGCAGAUCAGCCAAAUGCAAGAGGAAGUCUGCACAUUGCAAGAUGAAUUCGGCGUGGCGACAGUAAUUGAUGAUGAUGAAGCACGAACUCUAAUGGCAGCCACAGCUCUCAAAUCAUGCCAAGAGACCUUGGUGCAGUUGCAGGAGAAACAGGAGCAAUCAGCUGAAGAAGCAAGAGUGGAGUACCAACGGAUUAAAGAUGCUCAUGAGAAGUUGCAUGCAAUCAAGAAUGAAUUUCUCAGUGAUCAGAUGGACCAGCCAGACCUAUCUGACAAAAAAGAAUCCGUGGGUUUUAGUUCAGGCUUAUAUAAUUUGGAGCAGGAAGUCAAUCUGAAACAGGAGAGACUCCAAUUGGAAUCCAUACAGGAGAAAAUUAGGGCACACUUUGACAUGAGCUCUGAUACAGUUCUCACUGUCACAGAACUGGCGGAGAAGAUUGAUGAACUUGUGCAGAAAGUCAUCAAUUUAGAGACUGCUGUCUCAUCACAGACUGCUCUGAUAAAAAGAUUAAGAUCAGAAACUGAUGAACUCCAGGAGAACCUACGCAACUUGGAUGAGGAAAAGGCCACUUCGGUCAAGGAUUCCAAUAAGUUGAUAGACGAACUAAGGAAAUUGGAUAAGAAGUUAUCUGGGAUUCAGGAUCUCCACCAGAGUGUUGAGGAUCAAAACAACAAUCUUCAAACACAUUUUACUGAUACACGUUGUAACCUCAACCAUCUUUCUGAGAAACUGCACUCAGUGAAGCCUGAUGAGGAGAUCGAUAUUCCAGGUUCACCUCUGGCAGAUCUGGGUAUUUUUAGUGAAGCCCAGAAACAAAAAGAUAUGGUGACUCCUGAUGAUGGCUUAGAGAGUACAAAGGUCAGCAAAGAAGAAGCUGAAGUGGAGAGAAGUGCUGUUCAGAGUCUCAGUCCCUGUUCCAGAGACAAUGACGAAGGCAGUAUUCAAUCCAUGGAGAGCAGUAGUGUUGGUGAUGCCUCUGAAAAAUGUGAGGACCCAGAGCAUCAGAAAAUUGUUGAAAAGCAGGAUAUUUCACAAACUAAGAAUGAUAUUCUCAAGGUUGACUCACAGGAGAAUAGUAACCUCAGUGACCUUUCUGAGAAACGACAUUUUGUGAAGUUUGAUGGAAGUGUUGAUACAUAUGAUUCAUUGAAGGACAACAUUGAGAAGCAGAAGCCAUCCCAAACAGAAGAUAAGAUUGUCGAUGCUGACUCACAGGGGAUAUUGGACCUAAAUUACCUUGGCAAGGAAUUGCAUUCUGCGAAGCCUGGCGAAGAGAUUUUGGGUUCAUCAAUGGACAAAGCUAAGGAGCAGGACCUGUUCCCAAUUGAAGAUGAUGAUAUUCUCAAGGUUGACUCACAGGAGAAUAGUAGCCUCAAUGACUUUUUAGAGAAACCACAUUUUGUAAAGUCCAAUGAAAGUGUUGGUACAUAUGAUUCAUCCCAAACUGAAGAGAAUAUUCUGAAUUUUGACGCGCAGGAAAAUUGUGAUUCCAAUCAUCUUUCUCAGAAACUGCAUUCAAUGAGGCCUGAUGAAGUUGUGAAGAUGUCACCUCAAACAGAAAUGGGAGCUCUUAUUGAUGAUGCCAUGCAUGAGAAGUUUGAGGGACGAGAAGAAAUGGUGGCUUUUAGUGAUGGACCGAGGAACUUGAAGGAAACAAAAACAGAAGUAGAAGAUGAGACAGACGAGGUUCAGAAUCCUAAUCUUGGUGUUAGAAAUGAUGAAGAUGGUGCUCCUUCCAAGUUGAGCAACACCAAUGAUGAUAUUUCUGAAAGUUCUGAGGCUUCAGGGCUACCAGACAAAGCGAUGGAAGAAGAAGAAGAAAAAGAACCAAACUGGCAAAAGUUGUUCUUAAGUGGACUGGAGGGUAGGGAAAAGGUUCUAUUGGGAGAGUACACUACAAUUCUUCGGAAUUACAAAGAUGCAAAGAAGAAGCUCUCUGAAAUAGAGAAGAUAAACCGAGAAAAUGCCUUUGAAACGAUGGUGCAACUAAGGGAAAUGAAGCGUGCCAAUGCCAUUAAGGAUGAUGAGAUUAAAUCUUUACGACAGAAACUAAGCUUUUUGCAGACAAGUUUUGAAGGAAAUAUGGAAGCCAACAAUACAGUAUUUAAAAACACACAACAGGGAAACCAGCAGCCAAUUAUCAAUUUGUUAGAUGAUGAAAAUGUUGAAGCUGCAGUAACAAGUGACAAAUCUAUUGCAAAUGGAGCCAUGGAAACUAAACCAACAGCAGAAGUUGAAGAAGAAGAGAUCAAGGUUAUUCUUGUUGAUGAACCUCAUGUUUUUUCAACCAUUGAAGAGAAAUUCCGAAGGGACAUUGAUGAGCUGUUAGAGGAGAACCUGGAGUUCUGGUUAAGAUUCAGCACGUUAUUCCAUCAGAUACAGAAAUUCCAAAGUUCAACCCAUGAUCUACAAGCUGAAAUCUCAAAAUUAAAAGAUAACAAGAAGCAGGAGGGCAGCACUACCACGAACAGAUCUCUAAAAUCAGAUGCCCGGCCAAUAUACAAACACUUGAGAGAGAUCCAGACGGAAUUGACAGUAUGGCUGGAAAACAAUGCAUUGCUGAAAGAGGAACUGCAGCACAGAUUCUCAUCUUUGUGUGACAUACAGGAAGAGAUUUCAAGAGUCUCCAAUGCAGUUUCUGAAACUGAACAAGUGGAGUUUACUAGUCAUCAAGCAGCCAAGUUCCAGGGGGAGGUUCUGAACAUGCAACAAGAGAAUAACAAAGUUGCAGAUGAAUUGCAAGCAGGACUAGAGCAUGUGAGAGGACUCCAGGAUGAGAUCGAAAAGACUCUUUUAAAGUUGAAUGAGGAUUUCGGGCUGUCAGGACCGAAGAGCCAGCAUCAACACCAUCAUGUGAGGAAUAUGGGCAAUCGGUCUCGAAUUCCUUUGCGUUCAUUCAUUUUUGGUGUCAAAAACAAAAAGCAAAGGCCAUCGAUCUUCAGGUGCAUUAACCCAACAUUCCACAAACAACAACACAGUGAUGAUCUGUCUGCAGUUCUUCCUCCAUAAAUUGGUUUAAUUCCUUAUUUUCUUCUCUCCACUUUAUUAUUUUUCUUUUGACAAAAACAUAUUC